AUGCUCGAGGGUGUAGCCCCCGGGGCUCAUCUUCGAUCUAUGUCUGGUACUCCCCCAGACACCGCAGAGACAAAGCCUCUGGGGCCUCCUGUAGAGCGGUCUGUCCCUACCUCGGGACCAACACAAGUGCCGAUUUCCGAGCCACUGCGGCUGCCGGGGUAUAACGACGGCGGACUGCUAUAUUCGGGAUCUCCUCGCCUACCAGAAGCACCUCAAUAUUCUCUCCCGGUGCUGGACCCGGCUCAUCCCACUGCCGGUCGUUCACUGGCACAGAAAUCGACUCGACGUACCAAGGCUCAUGUAGCAUCGGCCUGUGUUAAUUGCAAGAAGAAGCAUCUAGGAUGCGAUCCAGCUCGACCGUGUCGAAGAUGUGUACUAUCUGGGAAAGCUUCGACUUGUGUGGAUGUUACGCACAAGAAACGUGGACGACCUCCUUUGAAAGCAGAAGAUUCAUCUCUCAGAACGUACACCACCCAUCUAGACAACCCGUCUAUCCCAGCUGAAGCCCAGCCAACCAUGCCCCCGCGGCGGACCGCCAUGCAUCGGGCGACGUCCUCCCGAGAACUGCGACCCAUGACCGAUUUGCAGGGACUGGAUGCAAGCUCAGGCGUCAGAACGCCACAUCGGUGGUCAGCUUCAGUAUUUCCUCUGACCCGGCCCAUGGACCCCUCUCCAACGAUGCCAGUCUCAAGUCGGCGACCCUUCUCUUCAUCUGGACCAGCCUCACACCCGUUACCGAACCAUCCUCAUGGUCCUCCCGCCUACAUGCCCAUGGGAGGUGUCUUUAGCCCAGCUCUGAAAGUCAAUAUCAUCCCAGGUAAUGGGGAGCGCCGAUUCCCAACAUACACCGGUGUGCCGGCAUUACCACCACCCACAUCGCCUCCCCAACAUCAGACUCCUCCCACGGCAACACGAUACGUCCACCCAUGGGCGAUUCCCGGGUACCACUGUCGCCUCGAGAUGCGUAUAACGUCGAGUCCCCCGUUCGCCUUCCUCCUAUCCACCAGGCCACGGCCGGCCCUCCCCCCUCCUCACCACGUUCAUCGCCUGAGCGACCCAUAUCCGGCACCUUGGAACCUACCAAAUCGAGAAGAAAUUCAUGAUUCUCGACCUGCAUUCCACCGAUCUGCAGGGCCAGCUUUCAAUUAUACUUUCCCCCACCAACGUUCUUCCUCCAUAACAAGUGCGACGAUGGAUCCUGUGCCCCGUCAUCUUGGACCUGUUGAGCUUCCAUCGCCGAUCCAGGCGACAACAGGAAGCUCGCCUUCGCUUCCAAGAAACGAGGCCCCGAACGAAACCGAGGCCCACGAUAGACCCAUAAAGCGGCGCAAGAUGGCACUCGACGACAUGGUGAACGGUUAA